AGGCCAUCUCUAGUCUAGCCUAUCCUAGGGCUGGACCAUUUAGGCGUUGCGACUAUCGUCGAUUCAUAAGAGGAGGCCAUUGACAUGGAGGGAGCCAAGUAGAAGGCAGACACCGGGGGAAAAACACACGGCAGGGCUCCAAGCCUCCAAGAACUGAUGGAAGAAGGCAGGGCUCCGAGUAGCACUCCCCCUAUUACCCGCAGAAGCAGAUCUGCUGAGUUCCACAAUUUUUCAGAAAGGAGGAGAAGGGAUAGGAUCAAUGAGAAGCUGAAAGCACUGCAAGAGUUACUUCCAAAUUGCACGAAGACCGACAAGUUGUCCAUGCUAGACGAGGCGAUUGACUACAUGAAAUCCCUUCAGCUACAACUUCAGAUGCUGGUCAUGGGGAAGGGAAUGGCACCAGUGGUGCCUCCUGAGCUGCAUCAAUACAUGCAUUAUAUCACGGCUGACCGUGCCCAGAUGCCUCCCUUUCGCCCCUCCCAGCAGCCCCGGCCAUUUCAGAUUAUUCAAGCCAACCCACAACGACAGUCGAAUGUCGAGUCAGACUUCUUGAGCCAGAUGCAGAACUUGCACCCUUCUGAGCCACCUCAGAACUUCCUCAGGCCACCAAAAUUACAACUUCACACGCAGGAACAGAGAGGUGGCCUAGCUAGCACGAGUCAUAACGGUGGUUGGAUUUCUGAGAGGAGUUCCUCCUACAACUUCAUGGAAUGAUAUAUGUGCUCCUGAUGACAAACUUUGACACCAGACGCAGUCUGGUAUGAAGAGAGCUUUCAGUAAUCCAGUCUACUACGUGGUUCUUGUCAGAGAUGAUAUGAGGUGCUCAGUGGAGUGAUGAAUGUGUAGUAGUUAAUUAGCUACUCGUGUUCUUAAAUA